AUGGCACCCACCUCUGCCCCCUUCAGCUCUACCUUCCUCUCCGACGGUGCCCUUCCGGACCUCAAGGUGACCUCUGUCGACUCUGUCAACUUCAACGUGCACACACGCAUUCUUCUCUCCGCCUCGACUAACGCUUUCGGCGGCCGCCUCUCGGGGACUCCGCCUCACCCGACCCUCAUCCUCACAGAGACAGCAGAUGUUUUGGACAUCAUGUUCCGCGUCAUCUACGAUAUCCCCUGCAUCGACACCGAUCAUACCCUUGAGGUCACCGAUGCAGCUAUAGACGCCUUGACCAUGUACAGCGUACCGAUCCCCCCGCGCGCGGCCCCCGCAUCGCCCCUUGGUGCGCUUGUGCUCUCCUACACUCCUCACCGCUCGAUCGAAGUCUAUGCCCUCGCUGCACAUCACGGCCUAGAGACCCUUGCGACCACCAUCUCCGCCCAUCUCCAUUCCUACGAUUUCUCCAUGCUAACGGACGCCUGUAUCAACAAGAUAGGCUCCAUCUACCUCUUCAGGCUGUUCGCCCUUCAGCGCAAGCGGCUCGCCGCGCUCCAGGACAUCAUCACCCGUCCGCCUGCGAAGCAUCCCGUGACCGCGACGUGCGACAAGACGGCGCAGCAGCAGCUCGACUGCAUCUGGGCGUCCGCGAUCGCGGAGCUUGCGUUCAUCGUCGAUCCUGGUGUCUCAGCACGGACGCUGUCCGCAACGUUCGAGCAAGCGAACGGAACGGUGGGCUGCAGUGACUGCCGUGCGACGAUACACGACCGUACCGAGGAGGUGAUGGCCGAGUGGGCGACUCUCAAGGUGGGUCUUUGCCUGCACUGUGCCCUGUGUCGCGCGGACUGA